CUUUGUCCAGAUAUUUAAGCAACUUUAUUUGAGUAGUUUUAAAAAGUCAAUUUCGAAUAAAAAUUUUAUUGUUUCAAUUGGAUUAUUUCAUCAAAAAUCAAGAUGCAUUUCUGUGCUUCAAAUGUUAUCCAAUGCUUGACAAGACUAUCCAGAGGUGAAGAGCCCGAUGUUAAUGGAGAAGAACUUGCUUUGGCGAAAACAUUUCAUUCAAUUAUGCUGGAUGCUCAACUAAACAAAAACAUUGAAAUCCUCGAUGAAGAUGAUUUGGAAUUUGUUGAAUCGGAGGAAGAAGAAGAAUUUGUUAUGACCAGUGACGAAGUGAGGGUUUACGAUGGUUUUUCACUGGAUUAUAUUACUUCAGUUUUAAAUUGGAUCGAUUCAAGGAAAAAUAGACCCUCAAAUGAAACCAUCAUGAAAAGAUAUACCAGAAUAAAAGCUCCAAUCUACAUUACACGCUUCCGAGAAUAUUAUGCCCAAAAUGGAACCAGGAAUGAAAAGAUGAAAAAAGUUACUUCAACAGUGUUUGACAAAUUUAAGCAAGCUCGUGUAGCUGGUUUGGCUAUCCAUGAUGUGACUAUAAAGCUUUGGGCUAUACAAGCAUCAAGAGCUGUCAACUUGGAAGAUUUUAGAGCAAGUGAUAGUUGGAUAGCUCGUUUUAAGCGUAAUAACAAAAUUGUUUCCCGACGAGUUACUAAAUUUGUAACAAAAACCAAUUUGUUAAACCAUGAAGAAGUAGAAGCUAAUGCUACAGCUGUUAUUGUUGAAUUGGGCGAAUACAAAAGCCAGAAUGGAAUAAGUGAUGACCAAGUGUAUAAUGCGGAUCAAUCAGGAAUAGCCUACGAAUUACAUACGGCUCGAACCUUGUCCCACCAAGGAGAAAAGGACACCAUCGGGUUAGUCCGAAAUACAAAUGCUAAAACUCACUCAUACACUGUAAUGCCUUUUGUUUCGAUGAGUGGAAAUAUUGGUGAGAAAGCUUUGAUUUGUCUGAAAGAAACAAAUGGUGAAUUUGGGCCUCAAGUUCAAGCUAGAUUGUUCAAGCCGGAUAAUUUAUAUGUCACUUGUUCUGGAUCAGGAAAAAUGAACACAGCAAUGAUGCGGAAGUUCAUUACUGAAGUCUAUUCUCCAUCAGUUGCUAACCAUUCAGUUCUUGUAAUCGACUCUUGGACUGGUCAAAAAAACGAAGAUCUUUAUAAAAUUGACGGUAAACCAAUCAAGACAUUCACUAUACCUGCUGGUGCAACUGGUUUUAUGCAGCCACUCGACCUAUACUGUUUCCGACAGUGGAAGACAUUUAUCAAAAAGUUUCAGGAGCGAGCAUUGAUGGAUCAAAAUCCAAUCGUUUUACAUGAUAGAAAUAAUAUCAUCAGAAUGAAUUCUUUGGUUUUGAAUCAGUUUCAAUCUCCUCAUUUUCGUAAUAUGUUUAAAUACGCUUGGUCCAAGGGUGGAUUUGAUGUUCAAGUUGAUGCUUUUCAAGGAUUGAAUGAUAUUUGCUUCGCAUUCAAUGAUUACAUUUGUGAAGCUUGCAAAGCAAGAAUUACAUUCGUAAAAUGUUCAUGGCCUGAUUGCCGUAAAUGUCUUUGUCAAAAAUGUUUCUUUGAAGAUUAUCACUAUCAUAACGUUGCAGAACGUGAAGAAGGUGACUCCAGCCCAGAAAAUAUUGAAUGGCAGUGAAAAAAAACUAAUUUGAAAAAUUUUGAUACCUUAAAGCCAAGCCAUCCAUGAUAAACUAAUUACUCCAAUUUCUCGUCUAUCAUUCAAAUGACAGAAAAAAUAAAUUUCACUUUUUGUAACUUGAUCACUGCCAACAAUUUAAGAUAUUAAUC